AUGUCUGCUCUAUCGUUUCUGUAUUCCCAGAUAUUUGUUCGUCUCCCAGUCCCGAAGCAUGAUUUCACUGGGCAAACCAUUGUUAUCACCGGCGGCAAUGCAGGACUUGGACUGGAAGCUGCACGCUACUUCCUUAACCUGAAUGCAUCUGAGAUAGUCCUGGGCGUUCGAAGCCUCGCAAAGGGUGAAAAUGCAAUCAAGGAUUUGGAGAGUUCCACCGGGCGGUCAGGCCAAAUACGUCUCUUUCAUGUAGAUAUGGAAAGCUAUGCGUCCGUUCAGGAGUUCGCUGCUGCUAUUUCCAAACUGCCGAAGGUCGACGUUCUUAUGCUCAACGCCGGGAAGCUAGAGCAAAAAUUUUACAUGGCGGAGGAGGAUGAGAGCACAAUCACAGUCAACGUUGUUAGCACUUUUCUGCUAGCCCUGUUGCUACUACCAAAACUUCGCGCUUCGGCUACCGAGAAAGGACCAAUCCCUCGACUCUGUAUUGUGGCAUCCGACCGACAUGUCAUGACCAAUUUGCCUGAAUGGAAAACUCUCAACACCUUUGUCACUUUACGAAAGCAGACGAAGUCAGGGCCUGACGAUAGAUAUUAUGCCUCGAAAUUGCUCCAAGUGUUAUGCAUGAGGGCACUGGCAGCCGAUAUAGCUUCCACAACUCCCCAAGUUGUUGUCAACGCCUUUACUCCAGGAUAUUGUCUCACCAAUCUGGUUGAUGGGGUGACAGGAUUCUGGGGUCUCCAGCUUCGAAUUAUGAAAUUGAUAGCUCGAUCAGCCCAGGAAGGAUCCCGUACACUGGUUCAUGCCGCUACCUUGGGGUGGGAAGGGCAUGGAAAAUAUCUCAAUGACUGCAAGAUCGACGAGGGCGCCUUAUCCAAAUUUGUGAAGAGCUCAAAUGGAGCACAGGCACAGAAGAAAGUUUGGGGCGAAUUGCUGGAGAAAUUGGAAAAAAUCUCCCCGGGAAUAUCUGGCAAAAUUUAA